UGCCGACAGUGCUACCGCAUUCGUUUACUGUAACGGCUAGGGAUAGGUUGAAACGUACAUGAGACUGGUUGUGUAAAUUGCAUCUAAAUUUUUAAUUCCUCCAAAUUUUAUUAUUAUUUUUCUUAAAUAUUAAUCAAAACUAUCAACACUCUUCGCUAUAUUCUUCACAUGUGACAACGGCCGUUGGAUUUAGCGAUUUAUAGAAGACUCCAUAUUUGCUUGAAAUACUGCUGUUUUGAUCUAUUUUCUCAUGUAUAAAUUGUGGAACGUGAUAAUUCCACAAUAUUUCUUUGACCAUAAGUAACCGUAUAAAGGCUGAACAUAAAGCCUAGACAGGACAAGGAUUCACUAAUUCGAUCGUAAGUUGUUGUCUGCUGCGUGGAACAAUGGUCGAUUAAAGUCAAGAACGCAAUCAUUUUCCCUUGCUCUCUGAUAAUAAUAAUCAUCCCAGAUGAAAAAUAUUAAAAUAAAAUGGCCCCAAUAGAUCCCCAUCAGUUGUUAAAGGGACUAGCUCCCUUGUUAACACCAAAUGGUGCCAUCAAAAGUCCAACUGAAACAUCCAGAAUAGUUAGCUUGAUGAAAGAAGCAAACAAGCUUGUAAGCAGAUGUGUUUACAUCAACAUCCUCAGAGCUACAGAAUCUGAGAAAACUUUGGAAAAGUUUAUUGAGGUGGGAGGUUGGGAUGUCCUCAAUAGUUGGCUACAAGACUGUAAAGAAUCGGAGAAUUACCCAGUCCUGGUAGAAAUGCUUAAAGUAUUCCAGCAACUUCCAGUUACAGUGGAACUGUUAAAGCAAAACAACUCUGCCAAGACCAUCAAAGCCUUUUCUAAAUGUGACAAUGAAACUGUCAAAACAAUGUCAUCUGAUAUUGUUGAUAAGUGGAUGGAGAAGGUCAGAGGAAAGAAUAAUGAAGUAUCAGGUGAAUCUAAAAAGAAGAAGUCGGACAAAGAGAAAAGUAAAAAGAGUGAUAGAGACAAGGAAUCUGAUGAAAACCGAAAGAAUAGUGAGAAAUCUAAAGAGGAGAAAUACUCCAAACAUAGAACUAAAGAGGAAAAACUUAGUGAGGAUGUGAGCAUUAAAGACUCAUUAGGUGUUGUGACAAAAACUAAUGGACUUAAGCUUCAUAUUAAGAUAGAAAGACCUCCUGUGUCAGACAGUGAUAAAUCUAAGUCAGAUAGCCUUCAUAAAGAUUCCAAACCAGACAAGAAACGAGCUUCCACAGUAAAAAGACCUAACACAAAGUUCAGGUCAACAGGUUUGGAGGAGGACAUUGUGACCAAACAAUCAAAGAAACUGUCAAAUGACCCAAGCAAGUCACAACAGAAAAGGCAAGGGUCGGAAUUGAAACCAAAGGAGGAGCAACCACCAGGAAAGCGGUCCCGCUUGGAGGGUGGGUCCACAGAGGAUGGCACAUUGGAGCAACCACCUGCUCAAUCCCCCACCACAGCUUCUCCUGCAGAUGUACACAAGCAAAUCAAAAUUACACCGCCUAAACCCAAAACUGUGAUACACGAGAGUACAAAUUUCAUUGACUCUCUCCUUCCGGACCGUCCUACUGGGGUUAUACGUAGGAAAAAGAAAACUGGUGCCACAGUGGCAAUAACCUCAGUACCUGGUGCCUCCCGAGGUCCAACAACUCCGAUUACUGCCAAACCCCCAACGCCUACAUCACCCCAUACUCCAAUCUCUCCAACCACUGCCAUCAAAAACUCACUUCCUGUUGUUCCAUCUUUUUACAAAGACACGCUGGAAACACCUACUGAAGAGAAAAGAAGCCCAAGUCCUCCUAUUUUAGAUAAGAGGAGCCCUUCCCCCACAGAAAAAAAUGACAAAGAAACUGCCCCACCCACUCUAGAGGAGAAUAAAACUUCAGAAGAUGUGGAAAUGACUGAUGCUUUGAAAGAGGGUUCUGAAACAAAUGGAGAAGCAAUGGACACAGAUGAAAAGUCCGGGGAAUCUAAAGGUCUUCUGACAACAGGUGCUACAGGGAAAAAGAAGAAAAACAAGAAAGUGUCUUGGGCUGAGGACUCCAGUCUACGAUUAUUCCAUUACUUUGAACUGGAUGAGACGGAGAGAGAAAAUGUAAAUAGACCAAAGGACUUUAACCAGCUAAAGAAACAAGAAGCACAUAUGGAUAGGAAGGUGAUGGAAUCUGCAAGAAGACAGACCAAAGACAACAUGGUGGAAGCUAUUCCUUGGAGAAGGCCUCCAUUAAUAACAGAUUUAGUGGUGAAUGUUGAACCUGGUUAUCAGAGCAAAGAAAAACAGAUACAGAAAGAUAGAGAAAAAAGUGUUCUACAAGCCAUCUUCUUCACCAAAGAAAUGCUUCCUGACACACCGAGUGAACCUGACCUAGAAACAGUAGAACCUGCAGAUCCAAAAUUUAUUCCCCUUGAAGAUGAAAACUCCACAGGAGAGGAUGUUUUCACACAUGUUAACCCAACCACAACUGAGUCCUCUGCUGGUAAUGCUACCCCUGACCCCAAUGCUAUUUUUGGUCAGCUUAAUAUACCACCAGAUAUUGCAGGCGUACUGCAAACAUUCCAACAGGGAGGGGGACUUCCACCAAACUUAGACCCAGCCAGUGCUCAGAAUAUCCUGGCAUCAAUGAUGGGAACAGUUGGAGAUCCUAAUAAAACAGGGGAUGCCUUUGACAAACUGAAACAAAUUCUUGAACCAUUCCAAUCAAUGCAGAAUCCUGGAGUAAUGGGACCUAUGCACCCACCUGGUCCAGGUAUGAGAAUGCCUCCCCCAGGACAGGGAAUGAUAGGACCACCUCCAGGUGGAAUCUUAGGAGCAGCUCCUCCAGGGUUUCCCAUGAUGGGACCAGGGGGUCCUCAGAGAUUCCCAGGUGGCCCUGGCAGCGAUGAAUGGGGAGAAAACAUGAUUGGAGGUCCUCCUAUGAGGGGAAGAGGUCGAGCUGGUAUACCUAUGAGAGGUGGGGGACCCCGUGGUCCUCCUCCAGGAAUACCUGGUGGCCCUCCAAUGGGCCCUCCAAUGAGGGGAGGAAGAGGGGGCAGAGUUAGACAAGUGAAUGGAGAUCGAGCCGUUUGUCGUCAUUUUGCUGCAGGUGGUUGUCGGAGAGGAAACACGUGUUCAUUCCUACACCCAGGUGUUAACGGACCACCAGUUUAGCAUUCUUUUGCCCUGUUGUAAAUAGACCUACUGUUACUCAAGGGACAUUGCGUUUCGCAAGAAGAAUGGAGUAUAUGGAAUUCAGAAUUUUAUCUGUUAGAUAAGCAUGGUGGAGUCUUGAAGAUUAACAAGUUGAUGGGCUUACAAGAUUAACUUACAUAAAUAGAACUUACAGACUGGAAACUUACAAGUGCUGGAGAUUAUAAAGUUUAUUGCAGAACUUCAGGGGUUUUCUGAAUAUCAAAGGUUGUUUAUAUGCAAAUGUACUUUUUCCUUUGUAAGCUUAGAAAUAUUGGAAGAAAGAGACACUCUUGAAAAGUGAACUAUUCAAAAUUACGUAUCUUAAGACCAAAAAAAAAAAAUAAUGUAAUCAAAACAUUUCCCAAAGAAACGGGAUAUGUGAAUUUUUAUUUUUUAUAUAUUUAUAUAUAAUUUUUUUUUAAAUAAACGUGUACUGAAACUAGAUAUGGUACAGGAUAGAACUAAGGUUGCAAUCCAUGAAUUGUCUCACAAGUUGUAUUAACAGUAUUCAGUACAAACUGUUUGCCUUAUAGAAUCAUUACAUCUUUGUUAUGUUGACCUUCUAAAGUGUUCAAACUGAUACACUAGUCAAUUAGCAACUUCCCAAUGAAUGGCUGAUGGAAAACUAAUCAGGUAAGGGCAUUGACAUAUUUGUACAUUGGAAUUGUAAAAGUGUUUUUUGCUGUUGGAAAAAUCAAGAUUCUGAGGAUAUUCCUGAAAAUAGAAGGAAAUGUUACAUGUAUGUAUGAUUUGUGUGAGUUGAGCAAAAGCAUGGAUUUCAUUGAUGUAAAUGUCAAAUGCAUGAUUGUCAGAAAUAAUUUUGGUGUAUGUUUAUGUCAGUGAAUGGACAUGUGUGAGGGUGUGUGAUUGUUACGUGUGAUUAAGGUGGUUGUCGAUUAUUUUGUAUGACCAAGAGAUUAUGAAAAUGUUAUAACUCCAUUUAAUGGAGAUGUAUAUAAACAAUCUUGUUAUACAUUUACAUACAGGAGAUGCCAAAAAUAAAUUUCUAAAAAUA